AUGAACUUCCUGGGCACGCUGGUGCUGGUCUCUCUAUUCCUGGCUACUUCGGCCAAAAUCAUUCGAGCACGACGGCAAUGCGACUGUUCACAGACUCAAGCUCACUGCUUCUGCAUACCAUUACAACCUCAACAAAUGCAAUGCUCCUGUCAAAGUCAACCGAUACAACAAAAUUGCGGAUGUCAACCAGGAGGUGGCGUAGAGCCAAUUCAAAUUGCCAGUGUACAGUGCCAACCUGCAUGUCAACAAAGUUGCGGUCAACAGUGCAGCGGCUCAACGCUGAAUACUUGCCAGCAGAACUGCCAGAUCAGUUGUCAGGGUAGCUGUCAGACUCAGCCACAAGCAAUUCCUAUCGUUAGCCAAUGCCAACCGUCGUGUGAACAAGUGUGUCAUCAAUCCUGCAUUGCUCAGCAGCAACCAGCUGCCUACUGCAACAACGAAUGUCGCUCACAAUGCUCUAGCUUCUGCAGUGAGCCCGUCAUGAAUGUGCUGCUCAGCGUACCUCUCGGUCAGCCAAAUAUUCAAUGUCAACCUGCAUGCCAGCAGCAGUGCCAGCAAACCUGCGCCCUUCAGCAGAUGCCUCCCGCAGCUUGUGGUAAUCAAUGUCAGAUUCAGUGCAACAAUGCCUGUGCUGUGCCGAUCCAAGCUCCUGGCCUUGCUCCUGCCCCUAUUCCCAUUAAUAUUCCUUUUCCUGGUCCAGGGCCAUUUGUGAAUAACCUGCCACCAAUUACCUACGAUCAAUGUGCCCCUUCAUGCCAACCAGCCUGCCAGCCAUCCUGCAUUCAGCAGCAAGUUGCUGUCCAGUGCACUCCUGAAUGCCAGCCCUCUUGUCAGCCGUCUUGUAUGCAGCAGCAGCAGGCAGCUGUGCAGUGUGCUACUCCAUGUCAACCAGCUUGUCAGCCAUCAUGCAUCCAGCAGCAACAAUUCCAAGUACAGCAGUUACCGGUACAACAGCCCAUUCGUGUCAAUGUACCAGUAUCUCGACAGGAUGUCACCUGCAUGCCUCAAUGUCAAACACAAUGUCAGUCAGCUUGCACCAACCAGCAGUCGGUCGCGCCAUGCCUGGACCAGUGUCAAGCUCAAUGCGCUGAAUUCUGCAUAGCUGUGAACGUCCAGGGUCCGUCUCCACCUCUUGCUCCUGUUCCUGUUGCUGCUCCAGUUCCAGUACCAAUUCAGUGCGCGCCAUCUUGUAUGCCAGCCUGUGACAGCACGUGCAUUGCGGCACAGCCUGCAUGUAUGCAGCAAUGCCAAGUCGAAUGUGCCCCAGCACAAGGUUCUGUACAAUGUCAACAGUGUCAAAGCUCCUGUGCAUCUCAAGAAGCGCCAGUGGUCCGGGUCGUUCUUCAACCAAGCAUCGCUCAAUCAGCUCAAUGCCAAACGCAGUGCGAAUCCACGUGUUCUGCACAAUGUGUUCAACAAAGCCAACCAGUGACCACCUGUCAGCCGGCUUGUCAGCAAAGUUGUACACAGACCUGCUCACCAUCCGCUCCUUCACAGCCUAUCGUCGUUGCUUGUGAGCCGGUCACUGGACUACAACCGCAACAAUCCUGCCAAUGUAAGGCCGGAUAUGCCCCUUGCAACAGAGGUACGCAGUGUUGUCGACGACGCUGA